CUGGGUUACCAGAGCUUUAUGAUAGACAGGCCGUAAAUUAUCCAUAACUACGCCCACCGCUUUUAGAUAUUACAUUUGGGCGAAUAAGGCAUUCAUCAUGUCUUAUCAUAUAUACACAAAUCAAAGCGAUGAUGAGCAUUAUGCUGAUUAUAAUGAUGACUCACGUUCUAACAACUUUGAACAAAAUGCAUACGACAGCGAAGAAGACACUGAUGAUGCUAGUGAAACAGAGCUUAGAAAUAAUGGACGUAGUUACGGUUAUAGCGCUAGUCACAACUCUAACAGUAACAAUCAUGAACUAAAAGAGCAGAUGUACCAACAUAAAUUGGCCAGUUUACAAAAGCAACUAGAGGAGCUUAAACAACAUACACAUCCCGAAUAUAUCAGAAGGCUGAAAAAGUUGGAAUACCAGUUCAAGGAGAGGAUAAGAUUGAAUGAAAUUUACCGAGAUUACCUAAAAGAAUGCGUAGAAAGGGAUUACAUUUUAGAAAAGAAAGCCGCUGAAAAGGAAUAUGAAGAGAAAAAGGUUGAUCUUAAGGAUAAUAUACUUACCGAUUUCGAAGAGCGUCGUAAACUUAUUGAAAAUGAACGCUACAGUUUAGAAUUGACGAAUGAUUCCAUGGAGAUCAAGCCGACGGUGACGCGUAAAUUAAGAAGGCGACCAAAUGAACCUGUUCCAGUUGUGGAAAAGCGACGAAAGCCAACUACUGGCCAAUUAUUAGUUUAUAUGCUAGAUGAAAAGGAAAUUGAAAACGACUUGAAAAUCAUACAGCGUGGUAAGCCGUUAACACCCACUUUACAACAAAAUGGCAUUUCUUCUUAUGGUAGCAGCAAUCAUCAUCAGUCUUCAAUCAUUUCAGAAAAUGCUAAUCAAUACAUGGAUACCCGCAUAGAAGAUGGAAAAUUAUUAUACGAAAAACGUUGGUUUCAUCGUGGACAACAAGUUUAUGUAGAGGGAAAAGAUCUACCUAAAUUCGCAGCCACUAUAUCAGCAAUCGGUAAUGAAGUGGUGUGGGUUAAAAAGCCAAACGAAAGCAAAGUAAAAAUAAAUAUGUCUCAUCUGGCUAAGGGAAAGGUUACUAUAAAGAGACGUGCUAAUUGAUAUCGUUUUAUACCGAAGCAGCCAGUUCAGAUUUUGGUCAAUUCCGCGUCUCACAACUACUAAAUAAGUUAGGUGUUAAGAGCUUAAAUCUCAGG